AUGUAUAUCCCACCUACAAGUUUCAACAGGAAGCAGUUCAAGUACUCGGGUGACAACUACAACACUCCCAGCGAGUUUAAGGAGCAAGCUCGUCUUGAUAUCCACCGAAAAUUAGCGCAAGCUCAAAGCAACCUACGACAUGGUUCCUCCCCCUUGGCCACCAAAUCCAUAACAGCUUCGUCCUCACAGUUCAGCGGGUCAGACGUCGAAAGUCUCGCUAGCGUGGCCAGUGAUGGCUCUGAAAUGACGAUAGACGAGUCCAAGAGGAAACGGAAGGCUUAUUUGGGCUUCUUGAAGAAGCCAGAAUCCAAACUCUCCAGAACAACCACCAGGAGAAGUUCCCUGUUUUCCAACAACCUAACACAGCAACCAACUAAUCAAACAGAGGCCACCUCAUUAUUUACUAACUACUUUUCUGACAAUGGAUUUGUCACUGAAGUUGAUUUGAACGAAGUUCUUCCGAAAAACUUUGACGACAUGUACGAUCCCGACUUAACCGUGGAACGGUUUUACAACGGGCGACCAGUGUUCACCAAAAGGAACCUGGUCAACUGGGAACUGAACGAUCUGAGGUCUCUGCUGAUAGUUAGUGAACUCAAACCAGAGUGGGGCGGGUACAUACCUCGUAUAAGAGAUAAUCCCGACUUCCACAUCGUUCUCCUCCCACUGACGAGUUCUGAUAACGAAUUCAUUGAGAUCCUUAUGCGAUCGGACAUUUACAAAGAGUCUAAAUUCUCUAAAGAAUUCAAAAUGAAGACAGCUGCGUACAUAGUGCAGUCUGCAAGAUACAGACACAAUCUAGCCAUUCAGGCUAGAUACUCUGACAUGCCCACAAAAGAUCCAACUUUGCAAUAUUUUUCAAAAGUGGAGUGGAGAAACAUAAUUGAAAACUACUUAUUAAACCUGGGGGUUGAGACGCAAUGUCGCCUUGAUUUCCAGCAUCGAUGCUCCAUACUGAAAGGACACCCAGCACAGAAAAACGAUUUGCUAUCCAAAGCAAUCCUGAACAAUACACAAAAACAAUUCAAUGGAAAUGGCCUUUCCAAGGAGGAGAAGGCUAGAAUAUGGUCCCAGGCUCAGUCUGAAAUUUAUAAGCGACUGGGGUUGGAUUGGACGCCAGAUAAGAUAUAA